GAAGAGAAACAUCCAUUUUAUAAAUUAUUUGUCCCCCAGAGAGACAUCAAGCAAGACAAUUUUGAAAUAAACUAUCUAAUGGAACGAGUGGUGGAUAGCAAACGAACCGUCAUUUUGCUCACUAAGCACUAUCUGAUAAACGAGUUCUGCAUGGAGAUAUUAAGAAUGGCAUUUGCGAAUUCAUUGGAGAUGAAAUUGCAUCGGAUCAUCCUUGUGAAAAUUGGACCCCUUCCUCCCAUCAAAGAGAUGGAUCAGAGUCUAAAGAUAGUAAUGGAAUCCUCAAGGUGUCUCAAGUUCGGAACGAGGUUAUUCUGGGAAAUGUUGCGAUACGAAAUGCCUGAAAAAAGUCCGAAUAUUGAUGAUUAUGAACUGCUAGAUGACCAACCUGAUGAUGUGCCUUUGAUACAAGAACUCUAGAUAUGUCGUGAAAUUUUAA